CCAAAACCGAUGAUACUACCUGGUAUCCCACUACAGCCUGACACUGGCCUGGCAUGACAUACACUCUGUCCUUCACUACCAUUACUACCUAGUGAUCUGUCCAUCCACCACAGCUGAGGUUGAAUCAUUCGCUGCCCAGUACAUAAGGUACCAUCUGAGCCACACCGCACAGAGGUGUCUGGGUGUCAUCGAACCGAACUUGUCCAACAGUGAACCGCACAAGACACAAAGAUGUCGCAACAGCAGCAGCGCAUCAGCAACGACGAGUUCCUAAGUCGUCUUACAACCCUCCUCUCCUCAACCCACGCAGAAAGCCAUGGCUCCGUAUAUCUGACUCAAAAACCACUGAUCACGAACUCGACAACAACGGAGGCCGCUGAGUCAUUAUCGUCACAAACUCCACAAAUCCUCAUUCGAGCCACAAAUGGACUUUCGAAAUCCCAUCGGAAAGCAACAUCGUCUUCAAAAUCUAAUGAAAAAGGAAGUCCAAAAAUCAAGUUCGCGACGGUGGUCGAUGUCGCAGAUCUAGAUGCUUUCUAUGCGCGGUAUGCCGAGGCGUGCAAGAAGGGGAUGGAAGGGUUGAGGAAACGGGAUAAGAAAAAGGCAAAGGAGAAGGCGAAAGCGAAGAAAAAGGGCGGUAAAAAUACUACGACUACUACGACAACUGCUGCUGCUGCUGCUGGGUCAUGAGAUAUCCCAGAAGGCCCGGAGCCUGGCCAGAUGCAAUGCCUGGUGAAACGAAGCAAGGCGAAGCAGAGGGGUGGCGGGCUACUGCUGCUUGUCCUGACGGAGCGAGGGUCGGUUUCGCCGAGAGUCCAAGUCUCAAACGGAUGAUGAACGGGUGAGGAUUGCGAUCGGAAUGCAUGCAUCGGUUCUGUGGCAGGUUCUUUGCUUCAUUCCUUGCUACCUACACAGGCAAGGGGCGCCAGUGUCAGGGGACAGAAGAGCCCUGAUCUGUCCAGAGGAGAUACCUGCCGUACCUGAUUGCUGGAAGAAAAUCAACAAAAACCCUUGUGCACGACCGUGCUUAUGGAUGGUAUCUCUCUCGAGAGUUUGGAUCACAGACGACAGCGAGCGACGGCAUGUAUGUUCCACUUUGAUUUCCUGACAAUGCUCGCCAACGGCAUGUUGAUAGGUCUCUCUUAACCGAGAACCUGAGCGGGACUGCAGUGUGGCAUAGAAUGGAUGGGGUUUGUUGAGCCGCGGAGAGAGCCUCAGAAGGCCAUCCGUCUGCCCGUGUUUGGCUGGAACGGCAAGCGAGGGAGUCUGUUGGUCACGACGCAUACACGCACAUACCUAGCUACAGUAUGUGCAGCCACUUCGUUGAGCUGAUGACAGUUUCACAAGAAGCCAGAAAGAGGUGCUCAGAUCCCAAUACGACAGAUAAUUUUGAAAAUAUACCAGUAUUCUCGUGUCCCA